GCGAUCGCUAAGAAAAGCAGAAAGACGUGUUUGUAUAGUUCCAACACACUUCAAAUAUAACCGAAAUAAAAAGCCCAUUUUUUAAAAUUUACGUGGAACCUUUGUUUGUUAGCGGAACAUAAUACUUCGUACACCACGGAAGCGGUAGCGUUGGGAACGGAAACAAGAGUCUGUAAACAAGAGCAGGGUCUGUUAGCAACAGUUUAGUGGGCUCUCACAUGGCAAACUGGCAGUAGGGUAAACACAGAAGAUGUUUAAAAACACGUUUCAAAGCGGGUUCCUGUCCAUCUUAUACAGCAUCGGCAGCAAACCGCUUCAGAUAUGGGAAAAAAAGGUGAGGAACGGUCACAUCAAGAGAAUCACAGACAAUGACAUCCACUCAUUGGUGCUGGAGGUUGAAGGGACAAACGUCAGCACCACAUAUAUCACUUGCCCUGCUGACCCUAAGAAGACGUUGGGCAUCAAACUUCCUUUUUUGGUGAUGAUCAUUAAGAAUCUCAAGAAAUAUUUCACCUUUGAAGUCCAGGUGUUAGAUGAUAAAAAUGUUCGACGGCGGUUCCGGGCAAGUAACUAUCAGAGCACAACACGAGUGAAGCCAUUUAUCUGCACCAUGCCCAUGAGGCUCGAUGAUGGCUGGAACCAGAUUCAGUUUAACCUGUCGGACUUCACCAGGAGGGCCUACGGGACUAAUUAUAUUGAGACCCUGCGAGUUCAAAUCCACGCUAACUGUCGUAUAAGGAGGGUGUAUUUCUCAGACAGGCUGUACUCGGAGGACGAGCUCCCAGCAGAGUUUAAACUCUACCUGCCUGUCCAGAACCAGAAAGCCAAGCAAUAGAGCUGUUGACCCUGCUCCUCAGUACUGAUGUGAAAUACAGCUGUAAGAAUGUACACGAGGAGCUUAGAGAUUUUGUAAUGUUGUAAAUUUGGUGUAUUGUUUUUUGUGUUCUGCAAAAUAAAGUUUUUUAUGGACUAACCUAC